UAGCCGUUCAAAUCCACGCCUAUUUUAAAACACGUCCCCGUUUGUCUCGGGCGCGCGCCGGCGCCAACCUCUGCCCUCCUCCGCGUCCAUCCGUCUCUCCACCGCUUCGUCUCUCCCUGCCUCUCUACGGUGCCACCGUUAACCUCUCCUCACCGCCCUCUGCGCCCAUUGCCUCCCUCUGCCAUCGAUCCCGAGACCGGAAGAGGCGCGCGGCCUGGAGCUAGCGAAGCCUCGGUGGCCAGGGAGGAGGCGGCCACAAAAUCAACAUGGUUCUGGAGCUGGAUAGAGUCCUGAUGCUGCGCGCCGCCGUUCUCGCCGUCGUCACCGGCUUCGCCGCCGCCGGAUUCAUCUCAAAUGACGCGCUCCAGUCGCACUCGCACGGCGGCGCCGGCCGGAGCUUGCUGCAGGCCAAGAAGGAAUGCCCGGUGACCUUCGAGGGGGCCAACUACACCCUCAUCACGAGCAAGUGUAAAGGGCCCCUGUACCAGCCGGCGCUGUGCUGCGCGGCGCUCACGGAGUUCGCGUGCCCCUACGACACCUACAUCAACGACGUCGCCACCAACUGCGCCGCCACCAUGUUCAGCCUCAUCCACCUCUACGGCAAGUACCCGGCGGGGCUCUUCGCCAAUACAUGCAAGGGGGACAACCUGGGGCUCAAAUGCCCUGAGGACGUCCCGCAGGUCCAGCCGGGCGAGGAGGGCAAGAGCUCCGCCGCCGUUGCUACUGCCGCACAGGCGGCACUCGCCGCGGCCAGCGCGGCUGUCAUGUCCCUGCUCAUUGUAAUGUCUUGAUCAGAGCCGGACGGUAGCUGUGUGCGUGUGCUCGUGCGCUGGUUUCUGUUGCAUGCAUGAG